CUUUCUCUUGCUCACAAACACAGUAGUUUUACCAUUCAACAAAAGAAAGAAAUAUUUUUUGUGACUGAUUUUAUGGUCAAAGAAUAACAAACUUAGUUUAGUUGAAUAUACACAUAGAAAAUAGAUUGAAAAUACUGACGUGCCGAAUCAUUUUAUGACAGAAUUUUUAGAUAUUUAAACUGUGAACAAGUAUAAAAAUGGAUCCUCAUCACUUCAAUUUUCAUUUAAAUCAUUCACAAACUCUUAACCAUCCACCCCCACCAACUUCAAGUCCCCCACAAAGCGUUCCUGGAAGAAGAACACCUUUGGGAACUGUCGGUAUUGGUGGAUUUUUUGCUCAGCCACAUGCAGCUUCAUCUCAUCAAAUACAUACUGAUGAGAAUAAACCUAGUUCAUUAAUUCAUGGACCGGACCUCAAUGCUCCAUCAGGAAGUGGAAUAUCUAACACAAGUAAACAGAAAGCUCGUCAAGGAAAAUCUGUCAGAUUGAACAUUAAUGCUCGAGAACGUCGUCGAAUGCAUGAUUUAAAUGACGCACUAGACGACCUAAGAAGUGUAAUACCUUAUGCUCAUAGUCCAUCUGUUAGAAAACUAUCAAAAAUAGCAACACUUUUGUUAGCUAAAAAUUAUAUUCUCAUGCAAGCAAAUGCUCUUGAUGAAAUGAGAAGACUGGUUGCAUAUAUACAAAGUACUUCUGGGACACCACCACUAGAUUUGACAUCUUUUCCAGCAGCAGCAAAGCUCCAGCAAUUAUUAAACGUCCCACAAAGCCAAUUGGAACAAAUGGCUUCAUCAAGUAAUGCAAAUAAUAAUUAAAUGACUUGUAUUAACUUAAUUUAUUAUUUAAAAUCUUUCUAGUCUAUCUUUAUGAGUUAAUAAUUUAAAACACAUUUUUCAAUAAUUUAUUAUAUUUCUUAUAGAAAAUUAAUAUGAAUUUUAAUACUUAUAGAUUAUAAAGAAUAGAAGUAAACAGAGUUAAAAUAGAGAUAACAGAAUUAUACAGCUGAAGCGCCAAAUAAAUUUCAAUAAAUUAGUUUUCAAUGAACCUGU